GUAUAUAUGCAGAGUUUGGUGGAGGUAGCUGUUCCAGGAUGUAGGCCAGGUCCAGUAAGUCCUUCACUUCACUUGUUAAACAAGACAGGAAAGAAACAAAGUUUCCCAUUCAAAGCACAAAUGGAAAUGGUAUCAUUGGAUUGGUUGGCAUUAGCCUUCUUUUCUUUCUUUGUUUGGCGUCAAACACUCUCGAAUCUAAGCAAACGUGCAGCCAACUUUCUGUUCCACCUACCACUUCUUCCCUUCCCUCUACCCGGUUCUUUGAAUUUACUUGGACAAUUGUUUGUUUUCUCACUCCAGCGUACCUUUAAAAACGCAGUGGAAAAGUUUCGUUUCUUUUUUAGUGUUUUUUGUCUUGUGGGGCCCAGUAACUUUUAACCAGCAUUCUCGUUCCACGUUGUGUACUGCGUAUCACCCAAAACUCUUCACCAACACCACCAAACUUGUUUCUUUUUCAUGACUAUGUUUCACUGAAAGAUUGAAGCUUUGGCCUUAACUUUUUUCUUUUGGAAAAACAUAGUAGGACAUUGACAUUGUGUGUUAAUCGGUUUCAAAUUGCUUCCUUUUUUGUUUUUGUUUUGAUGGCUUUGAAGUGUGCUCCAAUCUGGGUUUGUUCUCAAACGCCUCACUCUCAUCUUGGGACACCGGAUUUGGGGUCUAGCCGAGGUGGGAUUGUGUUGGAUUUGAGGCCUUCCAAAUGGGAAUGCUAUGCUUUUUGUGCUUCGGCACAGAGAGCUAUCAAUCCUGUUGAAGAUGAGAAGCCUAACACUCCCGGGGUCAAGACAUCUCGGACUGGGAAGAUUGAUCAAGCUCAGGACAAUGUCUCCAGUGCGUUUCACAAGGACUUGAAUCUUCUUCCUAAACCCCUGUCUAAAACUGAUCUAUCUCCAUUUCCUGAUGCUGGUUCAAACAUGCGGGUUGCUUUUCAGGGAAUCCCAGGUGCAUAUAGUGAGGAUGCUGCCCUUAAAGCAUACCCUAAUUGUGAGACUGUGCCAUGUGACCAAUUUGAAGCAACAUUCAAGGCGGUUGAACUUUGGUUGGUGGAUAAAGCAGUUCUCCCAAUUGAGAAUUCUGUAGGUGGUAGCGUCCACCGUAAUUAUGACUUACUCCUCCGGCAUAGGUUACACAUAGUAAGGGAGGUGCAGUUGGUUGUUAAUCACUGCCUCUUGGCAUUGCCUGGUGUUAGGAAGCAGGAAGUGAAGCGUGUUUUAAGCCAUCCCCAGGCACUUGCUCAAUGUGAGAUGAGACUUACCCAAUUGGGCAUUAUUAGAGUUAAUGCUGAUGAUUCUGCUGGUGCUGCUCAGAUGGUUGCUUCAAGUGGCAAAAGGGAUAUGGGCGCUAUAGCAAGUGCUCGAGCAGCAGCACUAUAUGGGCUUGACAUUCUUGAAGAAAAAAUCCAGGACGAUGAUGACAAUAUUACCAGGUUUUUGAUACUCGCUAGAGAUCCCAUAAUUCCAGGAACUGACAGGCUUUAUAAGACAAGCAUUGUUUUUUCUUUAGAAGACGGUCCCGGAGUGCUAGUCAAAGCUUUGGCUGUGUUUUCUCUAAGGGGUAUUAAUUUGUCAAAGAUAGAGAGUCGACCACAAAAAGGGCGUCCUCUAAGAGUAGUCGAUGAUUCUAACAAAGGGAGUGCAAAGUACUUUGACUAUCUUUUCUACAUUGAUUUUGAAGCUUCUAUGGCAGAAACGCGUGCCCAAAAUGCAUUGGGACAUUUACAGGAAUAUGCUAAAUUUCUCCGCGUCCUUGGUUGCUAUCCGAUGGAUAAAGCUCUAUAGAUGGAUAACCCCCAAAUGGAGUACAUUUUGUCAUAUGUAUUAUUUGACUCCGUCAAACCAGCAAGAUGGAGACAAUUCAUUGUGUACAUGCAAGUCUUGCCAUGAUCCAGUGAAGAUGGAGAGUUUCCUGGAAAAUGUCGGAAGCUUACUCAUUGGUUAGAAGGCUUCUUCAACAUGAUCUACUCUCUUCUUUUCUUUUUAGCAGCAUAACUUUUUCAUCAUCUUAAAGGAGUGAUGUUCUAUUUUGUGAUAUUUCGAUGAUGAGAGAGUCCAAAAUCACAAUGACAGGGUAUAUCCCUCUUGAAGGCGUUCCCUCAUUUUCAUGAA